AUGGGAGGUGCAUUAAAGUGUGGAAUUCAAAGAAAACCAAAGAAACGCAAUACUCAUAAAUUGAUUGCUCAAAAAUACUUGGGGAAAUUCGAUGAUUUUGAACUGGAUAUGCUGAUUCUUAUUUUCAAAGACCUUGCUUCCAGAUAGAGUAACUUAAUGUUAAGUAGAGAUACCUUCAAUACCUUUUUCUAAAUAAUAGGAUUUUGGGGAGAACAAAUCUUCAAUAAAUUCACGAACAAGCAAGAAGAUUAUAUGAAUUUUGAUGAGUUUUUAGCAGGAAUGGAAAUGUACAUUAAGUGUUCAGAUGAAUAGCGAAUUGUGAAUUUGUUUCAGCUUUACGAUUUGCAGAACUAGAAGGUAAUAGCAAAGAGUGUUAGAUAGAAAUAGAUGCAGAACUAUCCUCAAUACGAAUUGAAGAAGAUAUGUGAAGACUAGCUAUUUUUAGAUGAAUCUUUGAUUAUAGAUGAUUUUGGCAAUCGACGUAAGCAUCGGCAUCGAAAGUAUGUUAUGCAUCUGAAUAAUGAAUCAGUUUAACAACUAAGAAAAUAGAGCUAGAAUAUUUCAGAGUAGCAGUUCGAGAGUUCGCAUAAAAUAAUCUCAGAAGGGUUAUAGAGUUGUUUUUCAAAGUAAUCGGAUGCCCUUUUUGUGUAAGAUAGUAUGAUCUAAGAAAAUGGUACUCCUUAAAAACGAUUUGGAUUGAUGAUAACAGCUUAAGUUGAUGGUUAAAAGAUGGAAAUGUGUGUCAAUUAAAGUUUGUUGAUUAAGAAAUACGUAGACUUAGUGUAUAAGAACAAGCACGAUUAAUUAUUGUCGUUGCAAGAAUUCUAGACAUUUAUUGCAAAACAUCCCAACUUAAUCCAACCACUUUAUACAGCAUUUAACUAUAACAUUUGGGGGGUCACAGAUAAAUAAUUAAACUAUAAAUAACUAAUAUUGAUAACUUCAGGAGACUUGUAUAGAAUUUCAAAGAAAAAAGAAAUAAAAUAGAAAUAUUGCGAACUUUAUCCACAUGUGCUAUUAGAAUUUCGUAAAAAAGGAGAGAAACCUUCAAAAGUAAUUUGUUUAUAGGGUUUGAUAAUCGAGGAAAAAGUGGACUAAUAAGUUUAGAAAUAUGGUUUCAAAAUAUUGCAUGUUGGGAAGUAAUAUAACAGUAAGAGUUACGAAUGUUCAGAUGAUAAGUAAUUUAGACUGUGGUCGAAUGCAUUGCAAGCUUAUAAUAAGUAAUUAUUAUAUUUGUAUUGGAGUGGUGAGAUAAGCAAAAAGUAUUCCAUUUUGGAGAAGAUUGGGCAGGGACAAUCAUCUAUAGUGUAUUAAUGUUAGGACAAGUUGACUAAGGAGACCUAUGCAUUGAAGAUCAUCAAUAAACAGUAGAUUUCAUAAAAUUAAGUGGAGGCAAUAAAGCAUGAGGUGGAUAUCAUGAAAUUGAUUAAUCAUCCAUAUAUCGUAAGAUCGGUAGAGAGUUUUGAGAAUAGAAGUCACAUCUAUUUAGUUACAGAAUUAAUAAAGGAUGGAGACCUCUAUGAUUAUGUGGAGGAGAGGAAGUACCUCGCAGAAGAAGAGGCUGCCUUAGUAUUGUCAUAGCUGAUUGAAGCCUUGUAAUGCAUUGAUUCAAUGGGGAUUGUACAUCGAGACAUCAAGCCGGAGAACAUUAUGAUAGUGUUGAAUCAGAACAAGAUCAAGUAGGUGAAGAUAAUUGAUUUCGGAUUUGCCAAUUAUUUAUCCACUUUGAAUGAGAGGAAAGAGAAGUUUGAGUGUGGAACCAUGAAUUAUAUUGCACCUGAGGUUUAUCAAUAGUGUAAAGAAUUGACAUCAAAAAUUGAUAACUUUGCCUUGGGAGGAGUUCUGUAUUUUAUGCUAUGUGGUUAUCCACCUUUCUAUUCAGAAAUACCAUUGGAAAUCAAAGAGAAUAUCAUAAAUGGCAAUUAUGACAUUUAAGACGAGUUCUGGCAAUGCAUAAAUGAUGAUGUGAAAGAACUCAUUGCUGGAUUAUUUGAAGUAGAUCCACUCAAAAGAUUUCCACUUAAACAAGUGAAGGAGCAUAUUUGGAUGAAAAAGUUUUUGGAAAGGCGUAAAUCAAAAAAGAAAUGA